CCCCCCUCCGCAGUUGGGACUGACAGACGGAGGAGCGGAGGGAGGGAUGUCUCCGCUGCGGAUCAGCGAGCAACAAGUGUGUUAGAAUGAAACUUUAAAUAAACCAAAUUCGGAGCCGAAUUCUCAACUAUUCGGAUAUAAGUUGGAGGUUUCCGGUUGGAUGUAGUGGCGUGAAGCGGCGGGCGAGCGGUGCGGACUCUGAGGUGAUGGUGUCAUGGCCGCACGCUCCUACGACCAGUCAUUGUAGAAGUUACCUGGACCUUAACUAACCUGCUCACCUGAGAAGGCUCUCCAGCUCCCACUCGCUGCACAAUUCCAGCGAGGAAUGACAACCUCCCAUCUGAAUGGCCAUGUCGCUGGGGAGGGAGGAGGAGGAGGAGCAGAUGAGGAGCUGAGGGGGGGGCACCAGCAUCGAGAAAUGGCAAUAGACUGUCCAGGAGAACUGGGGAGUCGAACGCUGCCGGUCCGCCGCUCUGCACAGCUGGAGAGGAUACGACAGCAGCAGGAGGACCUUCGGCGGCGCAGAGAGGAGGAAGGCCGGCAGCUGGACCUGAACGCCUCGCUCAGACUCAGGAAACUCGCCCAGAACUCCCAGAUCGGGAUCGACAACCCAUCAUUCCUUCAAGACCAACAGAUCCCGCCGCAGCUGGUUGCCAGCAGCCAACAUGCACUGCCAGAGCUGCAGGAGCUGCUGCUGUCCCUGAAGCAGGUCCAGGGAUGCCUGUCUGACCAGCAGAGUCAGAAUGACAUUGAGCUCGUCCUCGCGCUGCUGAACAAGUCUGAUUUCCAGUCUGCGCUGAAGAUCCAUAAUGCCGUGGCUGCCAGCAUGCACAGGCCCUCUCCUCCAUUCCCGCACACACAGCAGGCGCUCCCGCUGGCCAUGGAGGUCAGGCAGCUCACUCAGUCCUGUCAUAGUAAAGAAGGAUUGGAGCUCAACGCCCUGCUGUCAGACUUUCAAGUCCAGUCGCUGCUCCUGACCCACGACAGCAUAGCAGAGAGAGAGAUGCAGCUGGAACCGCUCCCCGUUCAGGGAGAAACGCUGGCACAGUGGGGGGGCGAGACCGUCAAGAUCGUCCGCAUAGAAAAAGCCCCAGACAUCCCACUGGGGGCGACGGUCCGGAAUGAGAUGGAAAGCGUUGUGAUUAGCCGCAUUGUUCGUGGUGGCGCCGCAGAGCGAAGCGGACUUCUGUCGGAGGGAGAUGAGAUCCUGGAGAUCAACGGCAUCGAGAUCCGAGGAAAAGACGUCAACCAAGUCUUUGACAUUCUGGCGGACAUGCACGGACUCCUGACCUUCGUGUUGAUUCCCAGCAAUCAGAUCAAACCUCCGCCGGUCAAGGAGACAGUAAUCCACGUAAAAGCUCACUUCGACUACGACCCCUCAGAUGACCCCUAUGUACCCUGUAGAGAGUUGGGCCUGUCCUUCCAGAAAGGAGAUAUCCUCCACAUCAUCAGUCAGUCGGAUCCAAACUGGUGGCAGGCGUACCGAGACGGAGACGAGGACAAUCAACCACUUGCAGGACUGGUUCCAGGGAAGAGUUUCCAGCAGCAGAGAGAGGCCAUGAAACAGACUAUAGAAGAGGACAAGGAGCCGGAAAAAUCUGGGAAGCUGUGGUGUGCGAAAAAGAACAAGAGGAAGAGGAAGAAGUUGCAGUACAACACUCACAGGAAUGAAGACCCGGAUCACGAGGACAUCCUCACCUAUGAGGAGAUGGCUCUCUAUCACCAGCCAGCCAACAGGAAGCGGCCGAUCGCCCUCAUUGGUCCAAACGGCUGUGGACAGACGGAGCUGAGACAAAGACUGCUGAGAAGCCAGCCAGACCGGUUCUCUGGAGCUGCCCAGCACACCACCCGCAGCCGCCGUGACGGCGAACAGAGCGGCCGUGACUUCAUCUUUGUGUCCCGGCAGACCUUCGAGGCCGAGCUGGCAGUAGGGAAGCUGAUUGAGUCGGUGGAGUCUGAGAAGAACCUGUACGGAACCAGCACCGACUCAGUGAGGCAGGUCAUCAACACUGGAAGAAUCUGCGUGCUGUGUCUGCACACACAGGGCCUGAAGGUGCUGAGGAGUUCGGACCUGAAGCCGUACAUCAUCUUCAUCGCCCCGCCCUCCCAGGAGCGCCUGCGAGCUCUGCUGGCCAAAGACAACAAGAUCCCCAAGCCGGAGGAGCUCCGCGACGUGAUCGAGAAGGCGCGGGAGAUGGAGCAGAGCAGCGGUCACCUGUUUGACGCCGUCAUCGUCAACACGGACCUGGACAAGGCCUUCCACGAGCUGCUGAGGCUCAUCGACAAGCUGGACACGGAGCCGCAGUGGGUGCCCUGCUCCUGGCUGCGCUGAGCGCACUCUGUCAUGAAGGAGCUUCAAACUCCGACCGUUUCUGCUGGUCGUCUUCUGAUCCGGACUAAAUGAAGGACUUGUUCCCAUGACGACGAGGUCUAGAACACCAGGACGGUUUGAACAAAGCUGUCACUUUUAAGGAGGAGCAGACCAUAAUGUGGAGAAGAUCCACCCCCUUUGAAAUCAGUUAAAACAGUUUCUUCCAAAAUGUUUUAGUUUUUUAAUCUGUUUCAAAAAUGUCUUGUAUUUAUUCUGAUCAAAUCCCAGAAAGUUUAAUCCUGUCAUCUUUAUACUUUACCUAUAAAAGCCUUUGAUCUUUCAGUUUGCAGAGAAUAAGCCCCGCCCACAGCCAGCAGCAUGUCUUUUCAAACCAGAUCUGAGUUUGAAGCCUCACACCAAGGCUGCCUGCUAACACCCGACCAACCAUUUCUAUGAAGGACCUGCAGCUGGACUGUGAGCAGCAGGGGGCGCCACUCUGACCUCUGAAGGUUUCCUUGUUUUGUGUGAUUGUGUUUCGCCUUUAUCGUUUGAUCGCCUUAGCUGCUGCGAUCCAGAAUCCAUGGAAACAUUUGAUCUGGAUUCCAGGACGUUUGCUGGAACAGAUGGAACUCACUCUGCUGCCAUAAACUCUGUCCUUUCUUUCUGUUUUUGAUUUUCUCUUUUUUUACUUUUUCUUACGUCUUUUCUCUCUUGGAACCUUAACGUUGGAUCUGGACCUGCAGCUGUUUUCUUCUGGAUCGACGCGUUUUUAAAUAUUUGACAUUGAGAAGUAUUACUGUGAGUUGACGUAGACGGACACAUGUCAGCGGUGUGUAGAGCCUUUAUAUAUUUGUAAUAUUGAACAUAGAUUUAUGAAGUUCUGAAGCACCAAUAGAACUGUGACUUUGACUUCUCCUUAAACUUCCUGCUAUUGGUCCAGAAAGACAAAGGAGGCGGGUCUUAGUGGAAGGAAUCGUAUUGAAUCUAAUGUUCAGCAUCACCACUUGUUUCCGAGGAAAAUGAUGUUUUGUAUUCACAUGAAUGAAUAAAUAGAUGACCAUUAGGAAACA